CCGCCAAAAACUAGAAGAAGAAGAAGUGGUGCAACCGCUUCUUCUGUCCGGCCAAUCCAAUGGGAGCUCGUUUGUCGACAAGAGAAAACAAAUAAAUAUAAACUGUUAAAAACAUGACUUCGGUUUGCUCAGAGUUCUUAGACUGGAACCUUGAAAACGUAUGUUCGCCUAACGUACUAAAAGAGGAGAAGCAGCUCUGUGCGUCGCUCAGAAGGUUCUACAACCUAAGCAGAAGGAAGUCCUUCGCUGCCUUUGUGGCAUCCAAGCAGGAAGCAAGUCUCGAGGUGGUGGGCAGUCCAUCCUGGUGCUGCUGUGGCUGUGUGGUUGCUGAGCAAGCUGCUAUUCACCAACACGUCGCCAGACUGCAUGGCAGUGAAAUUCAACAGCUGGCACGAGCCCAGUACAAUCACUCGCUUAACAAAGGCCAAGAAGAAAAAGACAACGCCAAACCACACAAUGAAAGCUCGUCCAUGGAGGUCACUGCGUGGAUGCCAGACAUAAGUCACAUUCCCGAGGAGCAGCUCGAGAAAGGCCCCGGCAAAGUUCUGCUUUACUAUCGCUACUGCCACGUGGAGGAGCCGCAUAUUGUCUGCGCUUGGCAGAGAGCUUUAUGCCAGCGCCUGCAUCUAACUGGCAAGGUGAGGGUGGCCACAGAGGGCAUCAACGGAACAGUGGGGGGCACCUGUGUCGCCACUGAGGUUUAUGUGGACGCAAUGUGCUCGCAUCCUCUUUUCCAGAUGGAAAAAGAGGAUUUUAAGACAAGUGAUGGCGGUCCUGAGUGUUUCACCGAGCUGAAGGUGGGUGUCUUUGAGGAAAUCGUCCCGAUCGGAUUAGACCCUGACGUCCUCUCCUACCACCUGGCAGGUACCGCUAAUGUGAUGCCAGGUGACCUCCGCUCUAAAAACGUGUGCAAAGAAGUUUACCAGCUGAAAGGUGGAAUCCACAAAUACUUGGAACGCUUCCCUGAUGGCUUUUACCGCGGGAAGCUCUUUGUUUUCGACGAACGCUAUGCCAUCUCCUCCAAUGACGACGUCAUCGCUGGUUGCAGGUACUGCGGACGCCCCUGGGAUCGCUACCAGCUGUGCACUACGCGCUUCUGCUGCCAGCUGGUGCUGUCCUGUCCCACUUGUCGCUCUGAGGGGCACACUGCCUGCUGCCCCGGCUGCCUCACUGGCAGCACGGGGCGCAAAGAGGGGUGCGAGUGUACCGAAGGACGUCCCAGGAUCCCUCAGGAUGUGAAUAAUGAUGGCAAGCCACUUCAUUAGGUACACUAGGUUAAAGACAACACUUUUGGCACGUUUUUUUUUUUUUUUGCCCUCUUCUACAGCCACAUGAGGUGACCAGGGUAUUUGGAAUAAGUCUCGUGUGAUGCAGUACACUGCAAACCACAACAACAAAUGCAUUGUUACAGUCCAUACAGGGUGCAAAAACUUCAUUACUGUGUUUAAGUUGAUAUUUCAGGUAUCUGUACUUGGCUUGAAUAUUUAUUUUGCGGACAACUUUUCGCUUUUACUCUACUUUUAAAAACAGAUAUCUAUACUCUCUACUUCUUACUUUAUCAAAAUUGUCUGAUAAUUUUUAAUUUCUGCCGAUAAUAAUACAAUGCAAGUAAAGGGUUAAAGGCAACCGCAUGAUGCAACAGAUUCAGAGAAGCAAAAUAUUCCCCAUUCAUGGCCAUAUUGAAAUAGCUGUUUUUGAAACGCCUCAGGUUCAACCACAACACAAUAUGAGGCAUUUAUGACGAAGUGGAAUCGCAGACACAAGAGGCGAGACACUAUUCAGGUAUAGAGAGAGAAAACGUGAAGCUUUAGGUAGGUUUUAGUUGCUUUUGCUGUUGCUGUUCGAGUUGUUCAUGAACACGGUUGUGAAAUAAGUAAUGAAAUAAAUGCAUGCUUUAACCAAUUGCUGCAUGACUUCAUGUGGGAGUGUAAAUACAUGUAUAAUAAAGAUAAUCUCACAGGGGCAGAAAAAUGCAUACCAGUAGAUUUAUUCAAGGAACGUUUGAUUAUUUAAAGUGGAUUAUGCACGCUCGGUUCCACUAAAUUAAAUUGCACAAUUGUGAUGAAACUGUAAUGAAGAAAUAAGAAAAUAUACACUUGAAAAGAUGGAUUAAAAAAAUUCGAUAAAAUACCGGUAUAUCAAAUUUAUAAUCAAUCUAAUUUGAUGUUACUGUUUAAUAUUUUAAAAUAUUAGUAUUAAGUACAGUAUUGACAAUAAUUGUGAUAUUUUUUUAAAUUUAAUAUUCACUGGCAAUUUUAAUUUCAGUCAUCGAGUAUUAUAGAGCAGCAAGUGUUACUGAUACCACUUUGAAAUUUAUCCAGUUGGGAUCUCAAAAGAAAUCGAACAUCGGCCCAAAGAAUGAUUUUUUUGUUUGUUUGUUUGUUUGUUUUUUUGUACUUUUACUUUUACUCAAUUAAUACUUCUAUUUAAGUACAGAGGAAAACUACAGAAGCAGAGCAUUUUUUAAAUCUUUGCAAGACAAUAUUACCUUACAGUUGAGUGGGCAUGUGUACCGAAUGAAGUGGACUGUGAGCCUUACAUGGCUGGAAAAGGGCUUUUAGUUGAAAAUGUUUGUUCUCUUUGGUGUAUUUUACCAAUAAUGAUUAAUUUUGGAUGAAAAAUUGGGCUUUUCUUUUCAGGUUAAAUGUAUCUCUGGGUGCUUAGUACACUUUGUAAGAGUGAAAAUAAAUAAAUAAAAGCUGGUGAAUGCUGAUUCACUAUUCAAUGUU